GUACUGAAUUCAGUACAAAUUUAAUAAAUCUGGCACCCCUGUUUUCGUUGUGUAUUUUGACAUAUGUCAAAAUUAUUAUAAAUAUAAACUUAACCUUUAAUUUAAAAGUUUUUGAAUCAAAACACUGCGAAUUCACGGCUCUAUUUUAAUAAAAAUAUGGAAGAAAAUAAAGAAACUGCUUUAAAUGACGUCCAGAGUUUGGCUACAAUUUUCAAAGAUGGUUUAAAUAGCUAUAACAGUAUUAUCCAUAGUGACCAACCCACAAAUAGUCAUGAGUGGCAGGCUAAAAUUAAACGCACAAUGAAAACUUUUGAACAAGCAACAAGAUUAGUGUCUAUCUCAGACUUAUUUAGCACAAAUGAAGGUAUAGAAGAAAUAUCAACAAACGAUCUUCAGUACUUUCUAUUGCCUGCUUUGCUGGGUUCGCUUACUUUAAAAUUAACCACAGGAGAACGGAAAGAGGUAGUGGACGUUGCAGAGAUUUAUUUUAAAGACUUUUUGAAAAGAUGUAAUGAAUAUGGUAUAAGUAAUUACCAGUUUAAGGAGAAGGACAAAGAAAAUGAUGAUGGUAAGGAAAAGACAGAAUUUGAAAAAUUGGAAAUAUCUGUUAACACCAGAGCUAAUAAGAUACAAAGAUUUAAAGAACAAAAAGAAUUGAAAUCAAAGUUGGAAGAUUUAAAGAAAAAUGUAGAAAAUGAACAUGCUGAUGAAGAAAUUAAAAGAAAAUAUUUCUUAACUAUGAUUAAGCUUUUCAUUUAUGAAGCUGUUGAUGAAUUAAAUAGCAUCAAUAUGGAAAAACCAAUAUUAGAACACAUGGCAAAUAUGAAGGAGGACAAACCUGUACCGAAACGACCUCCUCCCCCACCUCUCAAGCCAAUUAUCAUUACCAAAGAUGAUUUGCAGAAAGCAGUAUUUGGGGCUGGUUACCCAUCUUUGCCUGUAAUGACUGUCCAAGAAUUUUAUGAAAAACGUGUGGAAGAUGGUAUUUUCCCUGAUCCAAAUAAACCAAAAGCACCGAAAGCUGGUUCACUGUCUCUUCAGGAAGCAGCUCUUGCUGGAGUAUCAGUGCAGGAAGAUGAAAAGGAUGAGGUACGAAUUGAAAAACUGGUUGAAGAAGAUGACGACGAAAAUAUUGCAAGAAUGAGAGCAAAGGAUGAGUACAAAGAUGAUCAUAGAAGAGGAUGGGGUAAUAGGAUGAACAGAAGUUAGAGGUUGUUAAAAAAAAGUUUUGUUGUCUAUUUUUGUAUAUAUUUUCGUUUUUGUUUGGAUUUAUUCUUUAGAAAUAGGUC